GUCUCGAUCUCUCUCCGUCUCGCUCGCUCGGUAAAGGGAGGAUGCACGCGCGAGCUCAUAGCCAAUCGCGUUACGUCAGAUGCAUGCUCUGUGUGUAAGUGACGCGCUGCAGCACACGCGCAUGCGCAGUUGUAAGCGGGAUUUUCGUCGUCUGAAAGAAGAGGAAGAUCAAGCAUAUUUUUCUCUCAAAUAAACUAUUUACGAUUUCGUAUUUGAGGUAAGGCUGAUGUGUGCUCCGAUUUCAAUGACAGCUUACGCUUAUUCUUCUUUUUCUCAUAUGUGCUCACAGGUUUCCAGAAUAGCAAAGAAAUCGAACAUUGAUGAGCGCGCCAUCUCUAGGUUCCCGCGCGAGUUAGAGCUAGGUAGUUAGGGACUUGACCUAAAGAUGGCGCGCUCAUACACAUCUGUGCUCUAAACGAAAAAUCUCGAAGCACUUCAGUUUAUAUGUGUGAUUUGUCGUGUCGUGUACGUUUGACAGAAUCUUAACCUCGUGCUCAGUGCAGAAUUGACACAGAAUGCUAACAGGAAUGGUCGGUGUUCAUUGUUGAGAGAUGUCCAAACGUUGGAACAGCGACUAUGUGGUCACGGCGGAGCAUCGUGAUUUACAGGCUAGCACCAUGGCUGUGGACGCGACCGGCAAUUAUGUUUUAUUAGCCGGACGUAGGUACUUUGCAGUCAAAUGUUUGGACGAGGAUAUGAAUACAUUGAAGAAAUUUCAACGGCAAAGCAAGUACGAAGUUGGCUCCGCAGAAUGGAAUCCAUGCGAUCUGAAUAGCCACUUGUGUGCAAUAUCUAGCAAUUCACGAGUUGAGAUAUUAAGUUUCACCGGUGCAGGAGGAUAUGAAUUACAAACUACACAGAGUUUAAAGGCACACACACGUGUCAUUAGUGAUCUAAAUUGGCAUCCUAAAGAACCUGACCUUAUUGCUUCUUGCAGCAUAGACACAUUCAUACAUAUCUGGGACAUACGAGAUCAGAGAAAGCCAUGUUUGUCUUUGUCUGCAGUUGCUGGAUCAUCUCAAGUGCGUUGGAACGCUUUAUCUCCACAUACCUUGGCUACAGCGCAUGACGGUGAUGUGAAGAUAUGGGACCAGCGGAAAGGAAAUAGUCCUGUGCAGUAUAUCACAGCUCAUUUAACAAAGAUACAUGGUUUAGACUGGUGUCCCUUUCAACACAAUCAGUUGGCGACGUCAAGCCAAGACUGUACCGUCAAAAUCUUCGACAUAGCCAAUCCGCGCAGAGCCGAGGGUAUCUUGACAACAAAUUCCCCUGUGUGGAGAGCGAGAUACACGCCUUUUGGGGAUGCUCUAGUGACCAUAGUAGUGCCACAAUUACGACGAGGAGAGAACAGUUUGUUGCUGUGGAACAUGUCGAAUCUCAGUGCCCCGAUAUAUACGUUUGCGGGGCACACGGAUGUCGUGCUUGAAUUUCAAUGGCGACAUCCGAGACUAGAAAACAACGACUUUGAACUCAUCACAUGGUCCAAGGAUCAAUGUCUGAGGAUAUUUAAGAUUGAUCCUUUCUUAAAAAAGUUGUGCGGGAAUGGAAUUGACGACAACAUAUCGGUUUACUCUCAGUAUUCCGAAGAGAAUAAUUUAAGGACUCUACAAUCCACUCAAGAACUGCAGCUUAACGGUUCGCAGAGCGCGCCCGAGAUCAACUACAUAACGACGAAGGUGGACGAGCCUGUACCGCACUCGGAAACAAUUAACCUUCCGGACAAUUCCAAAGAAGUCUCGUCGCCCACUCAGCCAAAGAGUUUGCAGCAAGAGUUCUCUUUGAUAAAUAUGAACAUACCAAAUAUAGAGGUGAACGCGAUGGACGCGACGGAGAGGAGUUGCACAAUUACCGCGUGUACAAAGAACUACAAUGUGAUAUUAAAAGUGAACUUCCCGGUGAACUAUCCGUAUAGCGCUCAGCCAACUUUCCAAUUCUGUCCUGGAACGUCCAUCGACAAUGCGACCAUGACGAAACUGCUGAAGGUCCUCACGCAAACCGCUCAACAGCGCGUCAGGAAAAACCGAUCGUGUUUGGAGCCGUGUCUCAGGCAGCUGAUCAUAACUCUGGAGCAAACAUGUAAGAAUGACGAGGAUGAGAGUCGGCUGGCGUAUCACAUACAGGACAACGCGAACUUUCUUAGCUCGACCAAUAUCUGCUCGAAUUAUCAGGACUCCUAUAUACCGUUCCCCAGGACGUCCGGCGCCAAGUUUUGUUGCGUAGGUAUACUCGUUUGUUUCGGCCGUCCUUCGUACGCGAAGAGAUCGUCCAACAUUUUGAAAGCAGGAGGCACUACGCCCAGAGCGUUGUCCGCUUUAGGAGGUGGCAUUAGCAAUGGCGAACCUUUCAUGCACAUGUACCGAAACUCUUAUGUAUCGAGCAACGACAACAUGUCCAUCAGCUCGUACUAUUUCCAAGACCGUCAAAAAGGUAUGCGACGAGGAUUGCACGGCGCGAGCAGGAUGCACGAUAGGUCCGAUUACAAAAAUUAUCACCCAAUGGUCACGAUAUACGACGCCUCGUCCUUAUUUUUCGUUAACAAGGAGCUCGCUGAGAAAUACAUAAUCAAUAUCACGGAUAUCCCGGCUAUGUGUCAGUAUAACGCGAAUGUGGCUGCCUCGUUGGAACGAUCCGACUUGGUUCAAGCUUGGUAUCUCGCCGCCCUAGUCAUUUCGCAGCCGAUCUCAAACAUCGGACAGAACUCGUGCCAAGUUCCCAAUAUCGACGCUCCGUGGCCUCUGCAUCCGUUCGGCCAGAACGUCAUUCAUUCAUUAAUACAACAUUACGCCAAUCAAUCGGACAUUCAAAUGGCAGGCAUGUUGAGCUGCGCGUUUAGCUACAGAUCCGAGAACACAGACGCCGCGCAAACCCGGCUGAUCAGCAAAUCCGUAAACGUUAGUCCUGGCGGUUCGCCUUAUCACACUAUACAUCUGGUGAACUCUACUCUGGAAGGUUGGAAUUUCCAGAACCUGAAGCAGCAUCGCUCCAACUCGUGGUCGGAGUCGCUGGACGAUUUGAAAGUUAUCCAGGACACGUUUGGAGACUCUGCGAAGAACAUCAAAUUGCUCGAUGAGAAAUACACGGCACUGUACGACGGCUACAAGAAGGCGUACGCCGAGGUGUUACACAGGUGGCGGUUGUUGGACGCCCGAGCGCAAGUGUUGAAGCACCUGAGCGCGCCGCCUUUCGACACGCACAAGGGCGUCGAGUUGCAGUGCCAGUGUCAGAUCUGCGACAAGAUUAGUCGUGGUCCGCAAUGCGCGAACUGCAAGCGGCUGAGCUUCCAAUGCGUUAUAUGUCACAUCGCGGUUAGAGGUCUGAGUAACUUCUGUAUGCUCUGCGGCCACGGUGGGCACACUCAGCACUUGGCCGCGUGGUUCAGCAACGAGAUGCUAUGCCCGACUGGUUGCGGUUGUUAUUGUCUGCAGGGGAGUUCGGUAUUGUUUAAGAUAUAAGUAAUGUAGGUGAAAUAAUUGUAUAUAGUAGUGAUGCACACAUGUGAUCGCGUUGUUACUGUGAGAGAGAAGAAUAAAUUUCUGAUUCUUCUUUA